AUGGCUGAAGCAAAGAAGGGCGCGACCGGCAUCCCGAGUACCCGCAGCGGUAAGUCGGCUCUGCCACGGAACGACGACAAUGACGGGGCACCGCCUGCCCACGAACCAACAACACCGAUUUCCGGAGACAUAACCCGGGAUCACGACGUCGGCGACGAUGAUGAAAAUGAUGAAAAUGAUGCUCGAGAGGGAACCUCAAAGGGAUACAAGGAGUUGGAAAAGGAGACCUGGAUCAUCGACGGAAAGCGGGGGGCUCGCAGAGGAAGUUCUGCAAGACCCUUGGCGGACCUAUUGUGGGGGCCUUGA